AUUGAGCAGCACUUCCUGACGUCCCGUGGAGGAAACUGGAGUUUUCCCACAACAGUGUUGCGCAAAAGGUUCAAGGUUGAAACCUGCCAGCGCGGACUGCGUGGACGUCCGUCCUCUCCGCAGAGAGGACAACCCUCCACUUUCUACCGUUAAAUCAGAUGCAGACAGUUGGAAAAACUCAUGAAAGUGUUUCGUGACGAGGCGCAUCCCGCCGGAGGGGAUGAAGAUCCUGUCAGCGGCUGGAGUGUGCGAGGUGUCUCUGUGGGACUCCGAUGAACCCGUGCAGAGAGAAGAGCUGCUCAGAGGCGUGCAGGGGGCUCACGGCCUCCUGUGUCUGCUGUCAGACAAGAUCGAUGCAGAGGUUCUGGAUGCCGCAGGGCCGAACCUGAAAGUCAUCAGCACCCUGUCUGUGGGAUUUGACCACAUGGCGCUCGACGAAAUCAAAAAACGUGGCAUACGCGUUGGAUACACUCCGGACGUCCUGACCGACGCCACAGCAGAGCUGACCGUAGCUCUCCUGCUGUCCGCUGCCCGCAGAUUACCAGAGGGAGUAGAAGAGGUCAAGAACGGAGGCUGGAGCUCGUGGAAGCCUCUCUGGCUGUGUGGUUACGGCCUAUCUGGCAGCACAGUAGGAGUCAUUGGCUUGGGACGCAUUGGCAUGGCCAUUGCUCGGAGACUCGUGCCCUUUGGGGUGAAGAGGCUGCUGUACUCUGGGAGAACAGCCAAAGCCCACGCUGCUGAGGUGAAUGGAGAGUUUGUUCCCUUGGACACUCUGCUGGCUGAGAGCGACUUUGUAGUGGUUUCCUGCUCCCUGACACCAGAAACUCAGGGGCUCUGCGACAAGGCCUUCUUCAGCAAGAUGAAAAACACAGCAGUGUUCGUCAACUCAAGCAGGGGAACUGUGGUGAACCAGGAGGAUCUGCACGAGGCUUUGACCAGCGGAAAGAUAGCUGCAGCUGGACUGGAUGUCACGACACCUGAGCCGCUCCCGACAAACCACCCACUUCUGGCAUUAAAAAACUGCGUGGUGUUGCCACAUAUCGGCAGUGCCACCUACUCCACGAGAGGCAUCAUGGGAGCUUUGUCAGCUCAAAACCUGCUAGGAGGUUUACAGGGCACAGACAUGCCCAGUGAACUCACCUUCUAGCCCCUGAAAACGGGUGCACUGUGCCUGCCGCCUCCAACAGAUACCGGCGCAGUAAGGAAGAGAAGGAAACUAACAAUAAUGCUCGGGUUUAUGUUUGGAACAUGAUAGUUUAACUUCAUGCUGUCGCAGGCACAGAGGUUUGAUAGUGUGCAUUUGAGGAAGGAAAUGCUCUGUGGGAGGUUUUGUCAUAUGUACAGUAAAGUUCUCAAAGUGAAUGAAUAAAUGAUUAAACUAGCAGCACUCCUUAAUAUUUGCUCUUAUCACGAGGAGUUACACUGCAAAAAACAUUUGUCCUUUUGAUUUAAAAUGUCUUUUAAAAGAAACAACUUUACCACUGCUCGCAAUAAAGAUGAUUUAUACCUCU